GCGAGUUGUUUUGCACACACUGCCACUUCAACAAGCCAGCCCCGUCACGCGCACGUCACAUAUUUUUUGUGAGGCGGUCUCACGGGGCGCUGGCCACGCAAGUGGCCACGCUCAGCCCAUGUGAACCAUGCCACGUCUUAUGAGUUAUUUGAACAAAGGGGCAACGCCCUUAUAUACUCUCCCGUCGCCCAUGGUGAUGCCCGUCUUGCAUUGCGGACAAACUUGGCCUGGCACCUGAGCUGAGAACUUUGAAAAAACAUGCUCGCACCGCACCGACAUUCGAACCGCGCCAUGUCCCAACCUCAACCAGGAACGACCCCUCCAGAGACCGCAGUAAGAGCAGCUAUAGCAGCGGGCCUUUGCAACAGUCUCGUUCUGUUCCACGGCUUGCACAACCUCGCGCCAUACAUCUCUUCUCAGGCCGGUCUUACACCAUCGCAACCACCGGUUGUCCGGCAAAGUAUGCAAAACCUGUCUCCAACAAUGGGAAGCUGCUCCUCCAAGCGCGGCUUCUCGAGCCGCCGCCACUCCGGCUCUCACAGCGACUUUUCCGCCACCGAGCCUCUCAUCCCGCACCCCUACUAUGCACCAUCCUCGCCCACCGACUCCCGGCUCCCUCCGCGGGACAGCAGCAGCAAUAACAACAAGCACCGCCGCCAAUCCAAACACGACGAAAAGCAUCACCCCCAGCAGCAGCAGCCACCCCGCGCCGAAUUCCACCUGCAGGUGACCUGCCGCACCUGCCGCGUGCGCAACGAGGUCUGCCGCAUCGCGCUCGACUUCAACCAGCAGUCGACGCUCGCCUACCGCGACUACCACUACGGCCCCACCCUCUCACAGCAGCAACAACAACAACAACCACGCGACGAUGAUGAGGAUGACGUCAUCGACGUCGACGCAGAGCCGCAGCCGUGGACGCUCGAGGUGGACUUCCACGACUUCGUCAAGAGCCUCGGCGGCGAGGCGGAGCGCGCCCAGAGCGUGCUGCGGCGCUACCUGGGCGAUCGGACCUAUGGUGGCGAUGCCGGGUCGGUGGAAGAGGAGGAGAAGAAGAAGAGCAGCCGCCGGUGGAGUAUGAGGAGGGAGAAGGGGACGGGCGCUGGCAGUACGUCGGCGAUGUUCCGGGUGGAUGAUCUGUUGGCGGAUUUGAGGAGGCAGGGGGUUGAGUUUUGGAGUAGUCUUUGAUUUUUUUCUUCUUUCUCCUUUUUUUUUUCUCCCCUUCUUUUGGCUGAUGCCUUUUUUUUUCGCUGCCUUUGCAGCUUCAUAAUCAUGACGCACUGGGAUGGAGGGAAGGCAGGGAGG